ACUUCCGUAGCGAAAUGGUAGUGUGUCUGAACACGACAAUACAAAGAUUGUAAAUUUUCAACUUAAUUAGUAUUUUCACAAUGAAUAUCCGAUGUGCACAGCCCGAGGAUCUGAUGAACAUGCAGCACUGCAACCUGCUGUGUCUGCCUGAAAACUACCAGAUGAAGUAUUACUUCUACCACGGCUUGUCCUGGCCACAGUUAUCCUAUGUAGCUGAAGAUGAAAAUGGGAAAAUUGUUGGAUAUGUCCUGGCAAAGAUGGAGGAAGAUCCGGAAGACUCGGUUCCACAUGGUCACAUCACAUCUCUGGCAGUAAAACGAUCACACAGACGACUUGGGUUAGCCCAGAAGUUGAUGGACCAGGCGUCGCGAGCUAUGGUGGAAUGUUUUAAUGCACAGUACGUCUCGCUGCAUGUGAGAAAGAGCAACCGAGCGGCGUUACAUCUCUACACACAUACUCUCAAAUUCACCAUCAAUGAAAUUGAACCCAAGUAUUAUGCUGAUGGUGAAGAUGCAUACGCCAUGAAGAGAAAUCUGACUGAGUUUCGAGACAGAUAUGGAGUGAAAGCUGACCAAGAAGCUGUCAUUGUAUCAUGAGUUUUUUUUUUAUCUUUUGUACAGAACAAAUAAACUGUAAAUAACAAUCAGAGUAUGUUGUCAUCACAACAUGUCCUAGCUUUGUUUGGCGUUUUGUCUAGAUCUUGAGAUAUCCCAUUUAAAUCGGAUAUGGCAGUGCAAUAAAAUACACUUUGACAAUAAUGUAUACAGAACCAAAAUAGAAACUUAACCCCCAA